AUGACUGAUUUCAAGCUCAGGAAGAUUCGACAAGCAUUGUUCGACCCCCAUCAUGCAUUGGAAUGGAGUCCACCUUCUGUGGGCUGGAUGAAAUGUAAUAUGGACGCGGCCUUUAAUAAAAACAACGACACUACUAAUAGAGGGUGGUGUGUGCGUAACCACCUUAGCCAUUUUAUUUAUGCAGGUGUUGCUUGGGAUCCAAGAACUCUUCCCGUCUUUGAAGCUGAAGCCUUGGCACUUAAAGAGGCUAUUCUUGGAGCUAUAUCUUCGCACUUGGAGUUUAUGACUUUUGAAAGUGAUUCCCAAAUAGUGACACAAGAUAUCCAGUCUAAUAGGAAGGAUGACUUCAAUUUAGUCUUAUUAUUGAGUUCAUUGGUAGUUUAUUGUAUUCCUUUCCAAACUUUGAGGUGA